AUGGCGCAUAUUCCUGACAAGAUCAAGACCAUUGAUGGAUCAAAAGAAACUCUUAGACUUGCCGUGAGGAUAACUGAUCUUUGGUUUGUUGGGGUGGCAGACAAGUUGGAACAAGCUGAGAUGGUUAUGGUUGACUCCAAUGGUGAUGAAAUCCAUGCUAUUUGUAAGCAAGACCAGUUAAAUACUUGGAAAAUAGACUUGAAGGAAAAUUGUACUUAUGCCAUGCAUAAUUUUAGGGUCAUCAAGAAUGAUGGCCAAUACAAAGUUUGUGAUCACACAUAUAAAUUGGCGUUUACUAGAGUUACCAUUGUUAGGCAGUGUGAAUUGGAUGGUUUCCCUUUAAAAAGAUACAAAUUUGUAGAAUUUAGCAAUGUCAUUGAUGGCCAGUUUGAACCUGGUCUAUUGGUUGACAUCAUUGGUGUGGUUGAUGAGGUUGUCUUUCACCAUGUUUCAUCAAGGAGUAGAAGGGUUGUUUUUAAACUUAGGGACUUGAGUGACCAAUUGUUGUCUUGCAUUAUAUGGGACAAUUAUUGCCUUCAAUUCUUGGAAUACUUAGAUGAGCAUGAGAGUGAAAGCCCUAUUAUUGUGUUGUUGACCAAUGCGAGAAUUAAGGAAGGCCAGGGAUCCUAUCCACCAUCAGUUGGCAAUUCUUUGAAGGCUUCGAAGUUAGCUAUUAAUGAACUGGUAGUCCAAAUCCAAGAAUUCAAUCAGAGGCUUUCAAAAUUGGGCAUUGAGGUCCGAUCGGUUUUGACACAUCGUGGCCAAGGGAGCUCUCAACUUUCAGGUUCUACCCAAUUAUCAUCAAAGGAAACAUAUAUUUCAAAGUCUGAGGCAAAGACCAUUUCUGAGAUAAACAACAUUUGUGAAGAUGAUGAUAUGGAUUUAAAUGCAUCACCCAAAGCACUUGAUAAGUUGUUGGGUAAUGUGCUUGCCUUUAAAAUCAAGGUCCAACCAAAGUAUAAAAAUUCAGCUGUUCUGAAAUGCUCAAGUUACUUAAGUUUGAUCAACAAUGUGCUCGACAUGUUGCCUGAUGCUGAGGCAUGUUCAAAGAUCAAUGUUACAAUGCUUGACUCCAAUAAUCCUGCCCAACAUGAAUCUCAAUCCAUUUCUAUAACAGCAGAUCAUGAUCCACUUAUUGGACUCCCCUUAACACCAACAAAGUGA